AUGUCGAUUGGAAAUCGCCGGCCGUCCAUUAACGAGUUCACUCCAGCAAUGACGACGGCGGAGGUCCUCACGGUUCCCGAGACCAUCUUGAAGGCGUCCGGUAGGCCGGAGGCUGACGGCGAGCGUCUCCGGCGACCAUUAAUUUUGCUACGGACGGCAGAAGCGGUUCUACUAGUUCCGGUCUUCUCUGUGGCCGACGGCGGUCUCGUGGUGGCAGACGACGAAUUUGAUGCCGCCCACAUUCGAUGUCCGGUCAUCCCCCGCUCGCGAGUAGAACUCGAUUCCGCCUACAACCGAGUCAAGGUGAAUGUCAAGACCCCGCCUCCGCCGCUGAACAAGCAAUCAUCGAUUCCAGAUCUGAUCGCUGCGAACUGUUCCGCCGUCGGUGCAAGAGCCACAACCGAUGAUGGGCUCGGCGAACUUUUAGACGAAGCCCGAGGCGACAGCGCUCCACCCCCGCUCUUUCAAACGGCGGUCGACGAAGAGCUUACAAACGCGAUCAUCACGCUCGACGAGCAUCUCGGCGGCCUGCAAGUGUUGAACCAUCCAAAAAUGAACACUGAUACAUUGAGCUGGUGGUACAAAAGGUCCAUUGGUGACAUAGAACAGAAAAAAGCGGAAACGGACGUGCAGAGCUACCAGAGCGUGGCACUGAUUGUGGGUGUGACAGGCAUCGCUGGCAGUGGCCUGGCCGAGACCCUAUCCUACGUCGACACCCCUGGCGGCCCCUGGAAGGUCUAUGGAGUCGGGCGCCGGGCAUGCCCCGACUGGCUCACCACCCUCAACGUGGUCUACGUCCAGUGUGACAUCACCAAUACAGACGAGACUCGCUCCAAGCUAUCCCCUCUCACCGACAUCACCCAUGUCUUCUAUGUCUCGUGGACGGGCUCCGAGGACUGCCAGCUGAACGCCUUAAUGUUCCGGAACAUUCUCGACUCGGUUGUCCCCAACGCCCCAAACCUCAAGCACCUCGCCCUCCAGACGGGGAUCAAGUACUACUGGGGCAACAUGGCCGAGAUGGACAGCACGAACGAGCCCCACGACUGCCCCUAUUACGAGAACCUCCCUAGGCUGAAGCAGGAAAACUUCUACUACGACCUCGAGGACUUGGUGUACGAGUCGGCCCUGAAGAAGAGCACGCUGACGUGGUCCAUCCACCGGCCGGCGCUCAUCUUCGGCUUCUCCCCCUGCAGCAUGAUGAACACGGUGAGCACGCUGUGCGUGUACGCGGCAAUCUGCAAGCACGAGGGGAGGCCGCUUGUGUACCCCGGGACCUAUGUCUCGUGGACCUGCCUCUGGGAUGCAGUCGACUCGGAGUUGCUGGCUGAGCACUUUGUGUGGGCCGCGACGUGUCCCGAGGCGAAGAACCAGGCGUUUAACGUGAACAACGGGGACGUGUUCAAGUGGAAGCAUCUGUGGGGCGUGCUGGCCAAGGAGUUCGAUUUGGAGGCGGUGGGGUACGAGGAGGGGAGAGAGCCGGUUUUGCUGGAGGAUGUUAUGAAAGACAAGGACAAGGUGUGGGACGAGAUUGUGAGGGAGAAUGGGUUGGUGCCCACGAGGCUAAGGGACAUAGCGGCCUUCUGGCUGGCCGACGUCGUGUUUAGGAAUAAGGAGACUCUGUGCAGCAUGAACAAGAAUAAGGAGUUUGGUUUUCUGGGCUUCAGGGACACAACAAAGUCGUUUCUCAAUUGUAUCAAGAAGAUGAGAGCGUAUAAGUUUAUUCCUUGA